AAGGUUUCAGUGGGUUUGACAUUUGUAAGCGUGACUAAAAAUACAUAAAUAAAUAGUGAGUACUGCAACCAAAGACGUCGGAUGUACAAUGUCCCAGCAGUUUCCAACCGACCCUGAACGGCCAGGAAAUGCAGUCUUGGGUCCCACGGGAAUUGGCUACAUCCCCACCGAGGAGGAGAGGAGGGUGUUCAGGGAGUGCUACCAGGAAAGUUUCUGGUACAGAUCUCUUCCUAUAUCUGUCAUCAGCAUGGGCUUCACUCAGCUCCUUAUCUCGAGAGGUGCUCUUACGGCUUCCGGUAGAUUUGGAUCUUUGCCCAAAGUAGCUAUUGCUGGUGUUUUGGGGUACCUCGGAGGGAAGAUGUCAUACGUGAAGACAUGUCAGGAGAAAUUUAAGAGCUUGGAGAACUCACCACUGGGAGAGGCACUGAGACAGAGACAGCGCCACCAACCACCAGUGUUUACCCAUAAGCACCCAGAACUGAGUGGUCCAAACAAACCUGACUUUGAGCCAACCUUUCAACUUGAUGAUCAGAGGAAUCAGUCCUUCUCCUAUACAAGUGAUUUCACUUACAGUGACCCCAUGUCCCCAGCAACUCACUCUGACACCCAAAUUACGGCAGAACCAAAUUACAUUGAGGAGGAUGUACAGAAGAAACACAUGCUGUACGAGGAGUUGCGGAGUAAGAACAGGGAAAACUAUGAAGUUAUGACUCCGAAACCAGAGACACUGUUGAAGCCUUCGGCCGAGACCAACACAGCCAAGAGAGGGAAGAAGAAUAUAUAUGGCGACACAUGGGAGGAGUGAGAGCUGCUUCAGCACCAUUUCACUGUCUAGAACCGCUGUCUGUAACUGAUGUCUUCUACAAUACAGAUGUCUAAAUGUGUCUGAGA